GUUGCAUAUGAUAGAGCCUGGGUAGUUGCUGAAUAGAAGAAAUUGUCCAAUAGUUUGAAAGAAGAAACAGUAGAGGCGUGUGGAAGGAAGGCUUCGAGGCUCGGAAAACGAUGCCGGCGUAGCUGUUAGGUUAAGCCUGUCCCGAUGUUUUAGCGCGCAUCGUUUCCUUCCAAAAUGCCUUCGUCGCCCAAGCGCAGGAAGGAACGCGAGCGUCCCAGACGCCGAAAGCGUUCCAGGGACCGGAGCGACAGAGAUCGAUCCGGAGGGCGUGACCGCAAACGUUCCUCUGAACGGGAAAGGGAUCGAGACCGUGACCGAGAUCGAGGCAGACGGAAGUCGCGAUCCAGAUCAAGAUCGCGUUCGAGAUCGAGGUCAUACGAGCGCAAUCUAGAUAAACCGACGUCGUCACGCCGUGCUGCCCAACUGAAGCCCAUGGUACCGGAAUCUGAACUUGAAGGCAAAACGCCAGAAGAACAGGAGAUGCUGAAAACAAUGGGCUUCUGUGGGUUCGAUUCGACGAAGGGCAAAAAGGUGGAAGGUAAUGACGUCGGUGAAGUGCAUGUCAUAUUGAAGCGGAAAUAUCGACAAUACAUGAACCGUAAGGGAGGCUUUAAUCGUCCGCUGGACUUUGUGGCGUAACGACACUCAAGAUUAGAACGAUGGCGCGAAACACGUGGUGCCUAUGGGCAGCUCCCGAAUACCAUAACUACGAGCACACCGUCAACCGUCAGACACGAUAAUGGACCGUUUACCCAUCUUCAGCCUUGCCGCAGGUCCGCAGUUACAAAUCCAGGGACGAACCGGACGAAUUCAGUUUUCCUCUUUGCAAACUAUUAUUAUUUCCAAUUUGCCAUUCUGUUACAAGCAACCCCGUCGUAUGUUUUCUUCUUCGUACGGGUCAGACUAAUCCUUUCAUCAUUACAGUUAACGUUUUUCUUUGCAUCAUUUCUUACACAUUCUACGUUUAACCAUCAUGAUGGUAUAUUUAAAUGAUUCCCCCUCACCGCAAACAGCCUUGCGUGCCUGCGACCGUUCGCAAUGGUAUUGGGUACGUGUACGCCUCCAUAGCCGAACAAUAGUCAACCAACUAAUCACCUCACCACACAUACACACACAAACAACUGCAACGGGUUCCAUAUUACAGCAAUAGUUAAUUUUCAUAUACACCAUAUACAAAAUUUACCACACAAUGCAAUAGCCAAAACGCUACAUCGUGUCACCACGGGGAGUAACGCUCGGUCAGUUCGCUCCUACGAGCUCUGGUUCCAGAUAUACGGCACCAUAAUAGAUGUGCGACAGCAACUUGAGUUCAUAUACUGCGCCUUUUGCGCUAUCCUGCUUUUGGCAGUGUGCCUUUUGUAAUCACAAAAAGAAGACACAUUAAAGGUUUUUUAAUAAAACCUUAAAAUGCGCAACGUUGUUGGUGAACCUAAACACAAAAAGAAUUAUCACAUUACAGGGAUUACAAGCUAAACAUUUCUUCCCUUCCCGAUGCAUUGGACAUCACACACUCUCUCUCCUCCAUGCCAAGUUUCCGUUGCACAUCACAAACACGAUUUCACUGUUAUUAUGUUUUAUGUUCUGCACCGGUGAUCGAGAGCAGAUUCCCUGUGUGUGAACAGGCAUGUAGCGUCCUUAAUAUACCUCACAAACAAAAACCACACCUACACUCACAUCAAACCAUACAAAACAAUAGAUACAAAAUACCAGCAAAUUUAAAUAUACCUCAUAAAAGUAGCAUAUAAGCAUAUUAGAUAGAUUUACUGUGCCGUAUCACAACUCUUGAGCGAGUUUGUUCUCGUUUUCAUUCUGUUUUUCACACUUUUGUAACAUCAUUUAAGAGACAUACUGUAUGCAACUGGUUCAAAUACAAAGAAGAAAUAAAGGGAAAGUUCUGUUUUUAUACAUUAA